AUGAACGACGCCAAACUUGGCAAAAUUUGGGACGAAGAACCUCUUGUGGUACUAGUGGGUGUCGGAACAGCGCCCUCUUCGCAAUCAAGUGGGGGUGUGUCCGGGCGAACCUCUCGGAACACAGGUCUCGGAAUCACCACGAGAGAGCAGAAAAAAAAAAGCAUCCUCGCGAUUCCAAAGAUUGCAGACAUUGCAGUAGCGCCAGAUUACGACGCGAAAACUCUCGAGUGGAAAAUGACGCCCAACGCCGCGGACAACGACCGACAGCGCAGACAACAUGUCCGGGGUCUGUGGAGAGCGUCCUGGACCCGCCAGAAGGUGUCCAAGAAAUUUCUUGAACGCCUAUUUUCCAGAGGGCCUUCGCUCGGCUCGCAGUCGUCCUACAGACGGGGUGAAUUGGGCGCGGUUAUCCGCCUAGGCGGUGAGAAACACGAAAGCGCAUCCGUCGGAUACAGCUCGCCCACUCGAAAGAAGUCCACAAAAGGGAUUAGCAUAGCUCAGAGCACCAAGAGACGUCUUGGGAGACCCGAUUUGGAGCACCGGAGAUGA